AUGAUCAUUUUAAUACUUGGGAUCUUUCUAUACAAGCUAACGACAAAAUACACCAAUUUGUACAUGAGGAGCUCGCUCGUCACCAUAUUGGUCACCAAUCUAGUCUUGUACGGCAUAUCGGAGAGCUUAGCGCAGUCGAUCUUGAGCUACCGCGCUGACCAGCCGAUGGUUUCUUUCAAAUUGCACGAUCCAGCAGCAGCAGGAGACGUGCGCGAGCGAGACGAUGGAGAAAGAGGUGAAGAUGGUGAUGGGCGUGGCAGUUUGGGGAGCAUAGACGAGGCGGGCCUAGACCGGUUCAUCGACUACUUGCGGCAGGAUAACGAGGACCAGCGGGGCGUCGAUUUGAUCGACUCGGAUGAAUAUACACCCGCCCCCGCAGUGCCGCUUACAUAUUACCAGUUUAAUCGAUUGGCCGGGUUCAUGUGCUGGGGCUUCAUCAUGGGGUUCAUGCAGUGUUGGUGGUACAAGUUUCUCCAGAUUUACUCCAAGGAUCCCAAGUUCAUCGAGGUGUUGCGCAAGGUUUUAGCUGACCAGCUAUGCUAUUCGCCCAUUUCGUUGUUUUGCUUCUUUACUUAUGGAACUAUGGUGUUGGAGAAUGGCACGUGGGACGAUGCAAAGAACAAGAUCAAAAAGAUUUAUCCAAAGACGUUGAUGAUCAAUUACCUGGUGUGGUUCCCCGUUCAAUUUGUCAAUUUUCUCGUGGUGCCUCGUGCUUUCCAGGUUCCGUUUAGUUCUUCCAUAAGUGUUCUCUGGAAUUGCUUCUUGUCGAUGCGAAACUCGGCAGGCUAA